AUGGGCCUCGGCAUUGCCUAUGUAGCUGCAAACGUCACUCGCCUUCCAGUAGUUUUAAUGGAUAUUAACCAAGCCCAAACAGAAAAAGGAAUGCAAUUUUUUGAUAAACUUCUUGCAAAGGAUGUUGCUAAAAAUAAAAUAACUGCCGAGCAUGCUAAAGUGACCCGAGAACUUGUCUCAACAACGAAUAGUCUGUCAGACAUGAGUGAUGUUGACUUUGUAGUCGAAGCAGCUUCUGAAAACCUCAAUAUCAAGUCAGCUAUUUUCCGUGACUUGGAUCAAGUCUGUAAACCAGAUAGUAUUUUGGCAACUAAUACAAGCUCAAUCAGCAUUACAAAGAUCGCUGGCGUCACAAAAAGAAGUCAACAAGUGAUUGGUAUGCACUUUAUGAAUCCUGUACCCGUCAUGAAACUUGUAGAAAUCAUUCCUGGUUUAGCUACCACUCCAGAAGUAUUGAAACAAACGGUUGAUUUAGCGACUGCAAUGGGAAAGACAUGUACUGUUGUUCAAGACAUUCCUGGCUUUGUAGCUAAUCGCCUUUUGAUGCCGUACAUUAAUGAAGCCAUCAUGCUUUUAGAAUCAGGCGCUGCUAGUGCUGAAGACAUUGAUACGACUAUGAAAUUAGGAGCCAAUAUGCCAAUGGGACCUUUGACCUUGGCAGAUUUCAUUGGUUUAGAUACAUGUCUGGCUAUCAUUAAAGUGCUUCAUAAUGAUACGGGUGAUUCAAAGUAUCGCCCUGCAUUUUUACUUCAAAAGUAUGUAGAUGCUGGUUGGAUGGGCAAAAAGAAUGGAAAGGGGUUCUUUACUUACAAAUAA